GCAUCAUCCAUCACACAUCACUCUCCCUCCCUCCUCUUCUUCUCUUCUACACUGAGGCUCUGAAAUCCAUUUUAAAGCAGAGGAUCUCCGCUGUAGCUGCUUCUCCUCUGCAUUCCUAUGGGACACUUACAAUGACUACAUCCCCCGAUCUCCUGGUGCCUGUGGGAGCCAAGAUCCUGUUGAACACAUGGAACCAGUCCAGGGACAUGACAGAGAUUUUGCCCCCUUUCAAUGUGGUCAGCAUCAGCAGCAAAAAUACUAGCAGCAGCACCAAUGCCCCCAUGGAGAGUGAGAGGGAUGUGAGCAUGAUAGUGAUCCAGUUCAUCUAUGCCAUCGUGUGCCUCAUUGGGCUGAUUGGAAACUCCAUGGUCAUUUUUGUCAUCUUGAGAUAUGCCAAAAUGAAAACAGCGACCAACAUCUACAUCUUGAACUUGGCUAUAGCUGAUGAGUUGUUCAUGUUGAGUGUGCCCUUCUUGGCAGCCUCUGCAGCCCUGCAGCACUGGCCCUUUGGCUCAGGAAUGUGCCGCACUGUCCUCAGUGUGGAUGGGAUUAACAUGUUCACCAGCGUCUUCUGCUUGACUGUGCUCAGUGUGGACAGGUACGUGGCUGUGGUCCACCCUCUGAGGGCUGCAAGGUACAGAAGACCCACUGUGGCCAAGAUGAUCAAUAUCUGUGUUUGGAUUGUGUCCCUGUUGGUCAUUUCCCCCAUUCUGAUCUUUGCAGACACAGAGUCCUCUCAUAACGGGGUAGUGGCCUGCAAUCUCAUGUGGCCCCAGCCCACAUGGUCCACUAUGUUUGUCAUCUACACCUUCCUGCUGGGAUUUUUUUUACCUGUGGUGGCCAUCUGCUUAUGUUACAUCCUCAUCAUUGUCAAAAUGAGAGCGGUGGCUUUAAAGGCAGGAUGGCAGCAGAGGAAGAAGUCAGAGAAGAAGAUAACCCGAAUGGUCCUCAUGGUGGUCACAGUCUUUGUUAUUUGUUGGAUGCCCUUCUACAUUGUCCAGCUUCUGAACCUGUUCUUACCCCACAUGGACGCCACCAUCAACCACGUCUCCAUUAUAUUAAGUUAUGCCAACAGUUGUGCCAACCCCAUCCUCUAUGGCUUCUUCUCAGAUAACUUUAAGAGGUCUUUUCAGAGGAUCGUUUGUUUCCGUUGGCUUGAGAAUGGCACAGACGAGCCCGUGGAUUAUUAUGCCACAGCCCUGAAGAGUAAAGUGUGUAAUAAUCACCCAUUGGACUUCCAACAAGAGCCCCUCCAGUCCGACCCUUGUUACAAACAUGGAACAAUCACUAGGACCACCACCCUAUAGCAGAAGACCCAGAAGAUGCCUUUGUACUGCUGCUAGCCGCACUUGCUACUACUGUUCUACCUGAGGUUUACCUGUGUUUUCAGUCGUUGUUUGUGUCCACUUUGUAUUUAUGAUGGAAUG